AGAAACCUGUUACUGCACAAGUACACCUUGAAGGUGGCAGCGCUGCUCCACAUUUUUAUAGUUUUGAAACUUGUCAGUAAGAAAAGACACUUUGCUUGAAGUGUGUCUUCAUCUGCUGCACCCAAGAUGUUUGUAGAUGAGCGGAUUGUGACCUUGUUUAAACGGAAUGCCCAUCACACUUUGACUUACUGGAGUGUUUUCUUCAGCUUUGGACUCUGCAUUGCUUUUCUUGGACCCACAAUUUUGGACUUGCAAUGUCAAACAAACUCAACGCUCAGUCAGAUUACCUGGGUCUUUUUUGCCCAGCAGUUCUGCUUGUUGAUUGGCAGCUCUAUUGGGGGCAUUUUCAAGAGAACGUUGUUCAGUGCUCUAGCGGCCUUAUUUGUCUCUGCCCUUGUUAUCUCUAUAAUAUUUGCCAUUAUCCCCGUGUGCAAUAAUGUCCUCGUGCUGGCCAUCGCCAUGGCAGUGUCAGGGUUUGCAAUGGGGGUUAUUGACACCAUCGCAAACAUCCAGCUGGUUACCAUCUAUCAAAAGGAUUCUGCCGUUUUCUUACAGGCUCUGCACUUUUUCAUUGGGUUUGGUGCCCUGGUGAGCCCUCUGAUUGCAGAUCCUUUUCUCUCAGAGAAGGGCUGUGGGAACCACACUGAGAACGGGACUGAGAUCAUGCAUCACUUCAGGAACGCACUGAGACACAAUCUUAUUAGAGACCACAACAUAACCCUCAGUCAACCGACCCAUAAUAUAGAGGAAGAGGAAGAGUCAAAUGUGCACUACGCUUUCUGGAUCAUGGCGCUUAUCAACCUGCCCGUGCCUAUUGCCGUCCUGUUUCUGAUGUAUCGGGAGCAGCUGAUCCCAUGCCUCCCCAGCGGCACUCCACGUCUUUUGGACAAGGAUGAACUAGCAAUGGAGAACCAGCAGGGGACCGAGGGCCCAGACUCAGAGCAGAAGGAGCACGAGUCGGGAGGUCACGGAAAUAUCUUUAGCUGCUGUCAGAAUGAUAACCUGCGCGGGAUGCCUGUAUCCUUCUUUAUGAUUCAUAUCCUCGGAGGGCUGGUGCUCUUUAUGACGGAUGGCAUUGUGGGCGCGUAUGCUGGCUUUGUGUACACCUAUGCUGUGGCACCCCCUAUGUCCUUACCCCAUAAGACGGCAGGUUACCUGGCUAGUAUCUUCUGGGCAGCAAUCACUGCCGGACGUCUCUUGUCCAUCCCACUUUCUUAUCGUUUUCAACCUGUUAGACUGCUCAUGUUCAACCUGGCAGGCGCGAUAGUUACUGUACUGAUGCUGCUCAUUUUCUACACAAGUAACACCUUUUUGUUCGCUGGAACCUGUUUAUGCGGUCUUUUCCUGAGCAGCAUAUUCCCCUGUAUGCUUGCCUAUACCGAAGACAUCCUUGAUUACCAGGGAUGUGCAACCUCUGUCCUGGUGACAAGUGCAGGGAUGGGGGAGAUGGUGAUGCAGGUUCUGGUUGGCUCAAUUAUUCAGACUGAAGGCAGUUACAGCUUCCUUCUUUGUGGGAUGAUAAUCGGUUGCAUGGGUUUUAUCCUCUUCAUCGGUCUCCUGCUGUUCCAUCGAAUGCACAGGAAUUACCUCACAGGAACCUCGAAGAGGUCAGAGAUGGUGGAGGAGCCGGUGGCAGAGAGGAAUGGGUCAGCAAAAACAGAAGAAAGGGAGGACAAAAGCAGCAGCUGAGAGGGGCAGAGGCUGUGUUGUGCAAAGACUUUAACCAAGCCCUGCCCAAAUGAAAUGUUUGCCCUUGUAUUAAUGACAUGGAAUUUCCUGCCCAAAAGGUGUGCUAGAGUAGACAAUUAUAUUUCAGUUUUUUAAAUCACUCUUUUUUUUUUGUUGUAAAUCACAGAUAGAACUCACUAAUAUAUCAACAAGAAUUGUGCUUUAAAUGGCAUAAUGAGAGAUGACGUACUCUUUGGCUGACCUUUAUCCAUUUUGUUUAUAUAUAUAUAUAUAUAUACUUUGCUUUGUUUUCCUCGCUGUCUGUUCAAAGGAGCCUCAGGUUUUACAUCUAUCCAAUAUAUGUAAAGCAGAACUUUGUACUCAGAGAAGUUAUCCAGGGGAGUUUAAAUGUCAAACAGAGUUAUCCAGUCUUUGAACUGUUAACCUGUCACUCUGUAACUGCAGGUUGAGAUCAAGUCACUGUGAUAGGAGCUGUGGGUUUACCAUAAGACGAUUUUCUCACGGAACCAGUUUCAUAGUUGUCAUCAGUUGUGAAGUUACCCGAGAAUCUGAAACCAUUAGGAAGCCUUUUCAGAAUGUCAGUUCCAGCUACACUGCCAUAUCAGUGUUGCCUCCACUCAGAAUAAAGAGGAUAUCAGGCUUUUUAACUGCGGUAACAAACGUAAUCUUCUCAUGAGAAACUUUCUGUGCCUUCAAAUAGCUGAAAUGUGGCUGCACAUAGGUGGACGGGUAAUCAAUAAAAUGUGAAAGGGUGUUUUCGUCAGAUCCCCUGUUUUAGCACAAGGUGAAAACGUUCGUUAUUGCUUCAUUUUUACAGUUUAUAGAGAGCAUUAAAUAUUUUCACUAAAUCUAUCUGAAUAUCCUCAAUGCUAGCCUGUUUGAGUAAUUAAAAAACUUUAAAAAGAAUGAAUUAGUAUCAGUCCUCUUUUAUUCAUUGGAAGUUUGUUGUUCUUCAGCUGCAUGAAACUGGAAGAUUCAUGGAAAUCAUUUAUUCCUUAGUACUAACUUUUUUUCAUAAGCUCUUCGACUAAAUUCAAUCAGGAUACAAAAACUUUUUCUUUAAAAUCAGGUGAUGCAAAGACAUAUUUCAUGUGUGUGUGUGAUAGUCAGGAUUGUCACUAUUGUCAACAAGUUAACGUUCUGAUAUGGAAAUGGAAAUGAAACCCUUAAAAUGCAGCUGUUUGUGAGUUUGGUCACACCGCAAAUAUUGCUUCAAACAGCUUGAGCGUCUGAUAAGGAGAAUCAAUAAAAUCCUUUCCAGACAACACAUCAGAGGAUGAGCCUUGCUGCUCUGCUUGGCCUCAUUCUCAGAGGCAGCCCUCGUCUCUUGUU